UUCCCUCGCACGGUGGUGUGCUCGCCAUGUGGACACUGAAGUAAACAGCUACAGCCUGAAGAUCCUCGUGUUAGGUUUUGUCAUCAUGUCAUUUUGUUUUAACUUCGACGUCCCGACACAAAGUGUGAACUCGGACCUGGCGCCUGGACCCGAAUCACAAAACAGCAAGAACGUCAACGCUGCUCCAACUAACCAGGACAAUACUAAACCAGCAGAGCCAGUAAAAGAGGCCAAAGAGCACCAUCUACCAUCUGACCCUCAGUUCCUCCUCGUGGACGCUGUCCCUGAAACAGUCACUAUCGGAAGUCUUCCUCCCCUCCACUUCCUCAACGAGACGGUUUUCGAGAAGACGGCCUCGGAGCGAGAGGAUGAUGAGAAUAUCCUCUCUCGCACAUUGGAGCAGAGGUCUGAUCUCAUCUCCGGUGUGUACGAGGGAGGGCUGAAGGUGUGGGAGUGCACUUAUGACCUUCUGGAGCUCAUGGAGAGAGACGGAGAGACAUUUGGGAAGAAGGCAGUGUUAGAUCUGGGCUGUGGAGCCGGGCUGUUGGGGAUACUAGCUCUGAAGAGAGGAGCCAGUCACAUCCACUUUCAGGAUUAUAACAGCACAGUUAUUGAACAGCUGACCGUGCCUAAUGUAAUUCUAAACUGCCAGGAGGAUGAUGACAUAGACAGUGAAGAUGACAAAGAAGGGAGGGGCAACGGAAAGUUACAAGAGGAAGAAAGUUGUGGAAAGACAUUGAAAGAGAAAGAAGCGUUGACAGACGGCAGCACGCCCCCAAAGAAACAAGCCAUAGACCUUUCCCAGCACCCGCUUUUAUCCAAGUGUCGUUUUUUCUCUGGUGACUGGAGUACGUUUCUCGAUUUGGUUCUUAAGGCGAGCUCACAACCCAAAUAUGAUAUUAUAUUCACGUCAGAGACAAUCUACAACGCCGCUUACUACCCCACCCUCCACGAGACCCUCCACAAACUGCUGGCACCAGAUGGACUCGUCUACCUCGCCACCAAGUCCCACUACUUUGGUGUAGGCGGCGGACUCCACCUGUUUGAGACAUUUGUGGAGCAGAGGGGGACUUUCUCGGUGGAUCACCUGUGGGAGGGGGAGGAAGGACUUCAGAGACACGUAGUAGUCCUACGUUUUAAAAAAACAAACGCUAUUUGAAUAAGUAGUUAGAGAACCUUAUGGUCUGUUAACCCAUUGAAACUAAAGCAUUGUUUGAAAUCCAACACCUGAAGGCGGAGGAGCUGACAGGAUUUGAAAAUGUCUACGAAAACCUAUUUAUCAGGCUCUGAAGCAGAUAGAGACAUGAAGUAAAAAACAUUUGACAGCUUAAACAUUUGGCUUUCAUUGCAAACCAUUGUUCUUUCCCUAAACCUUGUGAACAUGUUUUGAAAAACCAAUAAAGCAGCCAAACUCGCCGAGGUAGCCCCUUUUGUUCGUCCUCCUCCUCAUACAUGUCUCUUAUUGACUGAGCCCUGGUCAGUGGAUCACAAGUUAGGUCUGCUUUAAUAUUUGUCUGCCGGCUCAGAGCGCAAACAAACUUCAUUAAGGUAUUUCGACCCUCCCAUGAGUCUUUCACCAGGCACAUGUCUCACAUAAUGGCGUUGUGGAUGAGACGCAUGCAAGAGAGACGUAUCCAAAUGGUCUUAAAAGUAUGUACACGUAUAUAUUGCAUUUGGUCUAAAUGGGUUAAUGGAUUUAUUGCUGCAGUUUAAUAAGAGCUUAAUAAAACAGUCAGCAUUGUUUUCCUGUCCUCAAUUGAAUGCUUGUAUGUUUUAUGUUACAGCAACAUUGUCAGA